AUGGAUACUUGCCCCAAACCCGUCGACGUGGCGAGUGCGCAACUAGCCAUCGCAACGUUUUUCCACGUGUGUCGUAUUGCAACGAAUGUUGCGGAGCACGAUGCUUUCAAGACGAUGCUGAAAAAGGUUGCUGCUGCUGGUACAGGAUUUACACCUCCUGGACGACGGCUUAUAAUGGGAAGAUUGUUGGAGGAGUGCAAGGCGAACACCGACACUGCGUUGAAGGAGGUGAAGGAUUCAUGGAAGGAUGUCGGGAAGAAGGGAGCAGAAUUCAUUGCUGGCCACUUGAAGACGGCAAUGGUCAUGGUGGGAACGGAGAACGUAGUCGGCGUGCUGAUGGACGGUGCGUCCGCGAAUGUCAACGCUGCUAGCAUCAUCGCCCUCGACUACCCAAAAGUUCAGUGGAUUCGUUGCGCUGCGCAUUCUCUCAAUCUAAUGAUGAAAGACAUUGGCCAACUCGAUUGGGCCAAGGAUACCAUCGACCGCGCGCAGCAGCUAAUUUCGACGCUGAAGAACGCGCACUGGAUUACGGGGGUUCUUCGGAAGGAGAAGGCGCUACAAAUCUUGAAACCUGCGGGCACUCGUUUUGGAACAAACUACAUCGCCCUCGAACGCCUGCAAGCAGUGCGCAAAACUCUCGACAAGCUGGUGCUGAGUGAGGAUUGGGAGGAGUACGUCAAGGGAAAGCCAAAAAUGAAGGACGCAUGGGAUACUAUUAUCGACAAAGAGUUCUGGGCGCGCGUUGGGACGGUGCUCGAUGUGCUUCGUCCGGUCUAUAAGCUGUUGCGGAAUGUUGACGGCAAUCAGGAGGUGAUGGGCAAGAUCUAUGACAAAAUGUUUGUUUUGGAGGACGCGGUGAAGGAGGCGUGUAAGGAGCUGACCGAGGAGGAGAAGGAGGAUGUGACCGACAUCGUGCGGAAUCGGUGA